AUGGCUUCAUCAAGUGGAACAUCAUCAGGUUCAGGUUCGGGUUCAGGUUCGGGUUCAUCUCUGCUACAAAACUCAGGUUCGGAGGAAGAUUUACAGGCUUUGAUGGAUCAGAGAAAGAGGAAGAGGAUGAUAUCGAACCGCGAAUCAGCGAGACGGUCUCGGAUGAGGAAACAGAAGCACUUGGAUGAUCUUGUUUCUCAAGUGACGAAACUGAGGAAAGAGAAUCAAGAAAUACUCACAAGUGUUAAUAUCACCACUCAACAGUGUUUGAGUGUUGAGGCGGAGAAUUCUGUUUUGAGGGCUCAGAUUGGUGAAUUGAGCAGCAGGUUAGAAUCUUUGAAUGAGAUUGUUGCUGUUAUGAAUUCAAGCAAUGGAGGUUUUGUUGAGCCAAACAAUGGCUUCUUGUUCUUCAACCCUUUGAGUAAUAUGUCUAUUAUGGCUUCUUCUGACAUAUUACAGUACUGA